UCGAUUUAUUUCAACGGGCACAAAUGUUUUGUUGGAAGUCAACAUUUUUCUGCUCUCAUACAAAGUGUGAUAAACUAAAAUUUUCGUUUUUAUGUCAAGGCUGUGUGUGUUAACCAAAAAACAGAGAUAAUUAAUCUGGACGUGAAUUAAUAUAGAACGAGCCGAAGAAGAAGACGCAAUCAAAAUGCCAGUGGAUGAGAAAGCAUAUUUCGAGGACCAGCCGGGCAAAAAGUUUGAUCGCUGCUUGGCCAAUGGGAUUGUUAAGGGCGGCGGUGGCUUUGUCGUUGGAGCUGUCAUUUCAUUGUUGUUUCUACGCCGACGCAUGUGGCCAAUAUUGUUGGGCACUGGUUUUGGCAUUGGCGUUGCCUACAAGACAUGCGAGAAGGAUCUGGAGACAUUCAAGUAGAAGGCAAGACAGAAGAAGAAAACAACAACACAACAAUGACGACAGACGAUAGAAGUAAACGCAGACACACACACACACAUUCACAAGCUGACAUACAGAUGUUUAAACUGAAGCCGAAGUCGCCCGAGCAAAGCCGAAGUCGAAGCUUAAUAAUUUGGUAUUAAAUGAUUAGGCGAAUGUGUCUCCUUACUCACUCUCUCUCUUGUGAUUU